CUAUCCCCAGGUGCAUGUCUUUGGAGGUGGGAGGAGCCUAUCGCCAGGUGCAUGUCUUUGGAGUUGGGAAGGAGCCCGAGUACCCGCAGGGAACCCACGCAGUCACGGGGAGAACAUGCAAACUCCACACAGAAAGAUCCCGAGCCCGGGAUUGAACCCAGGACUACUCAUGACCUUCGUAUUGUGAGGCAGACACACUAACCCCUCUACCACCGUGCUGCCCUCAAUCCAUGUCCUGGCCCGCAAAUGGUCCUGGUCUCUCUCCGAUUGAGAAGACUGUGGUGGAAAUGGAAGAAAAUGCUCCAUGACAAGAUGGAGCCUGCAAAGAUGAUCUUACAACAGCAAGAUGGAUGAAGCAGCUGAGUCACUGCUGGGUGUUUUGGGCCUGGGGAGGCGGAGAAAACAUCACACACCCCUUUGCAAUUCUGCCAACUGGUAUUAGACUUGAGAAAAAAGAGAAGUCUCUCAGAAUGAGGGACGUGGACAGAAACAUGGAGGACAAACAAACAUGGGAUGAUGAGCUCAUUUUCUUUGUUAACGGGAAGAAGGUGGUGGAGACCAACCCAGAUCCUGACAUGACAUUACUCACCUAUCUGAGGAGGAAACUGGGCCUCCAGGGAACCAAGCUGGGUUGUGCUGAAGGCGGUUGUGGAGCGUGCACUGUUGUCUUGUCCAAAUGUCAACCAGACACGCAACAGUUACUUCAUCAUGCCGUCAACGCCUGCCUGGCGCCCAUCUGUUCCUUGCACCUGACUGCCGUGACCACUGUGGAAGGAAUUGGCAGUGUUGCUCGGCAACUGCAUCCUGUGCAGGAGAGAAUAGCGAAGGCUCACGGCUCGCAGUGCGGCUUCUGCACGCCAGGCCUGGUCAUGUCCAUGUACGCGCUGCUCAGGAGCAAGGCCACGCCCACAAUGGCGGACGUGGAGGAGGCCUUCCAAGGAAACCUUUGCCGCUGCACUGGAUAUCGACCCAUCCUGGAGGCCUAUAAGACUUUUACCGUGGAGGGCGGAUGCUGUGGAAGGAGGGGUCAGAACGAUGGCUGCUGUAUGAGCGAGCAGGAAGUAGACCAUGAGAAGCCGUCCGCCUUGCUGUUCAACGCCGCUGGCUUUGCACCGCUUGACCCCACGCAGGAGGUCAUCUUUCCACCGGAGCUGAUGGCUCUUAGCAAAAAUCAGAAGACAUGUUCACUGCGCUUCCAAAACAAGAGGACGGUGUGGCUGCAGCCUGACACCCUGGACACCUUUCUGCAUCUGAAAUGGAAACAUCCCGAAGCCCGAGUGGUGGUAGGAAACACUGAAGUGGGUAUAGAAGUCAAGUUCAAGAACAUAUUGUAUCCAGUCAUUCUGGCACCAGCAUUCAUCCCUGAGCUCCACAGUGUGGAACACAGCAGUGAUGGCAUCGUGUUUGGUGCGGCCUGCACUCUCAGCCGAAUGGAAUCGGUGCUAAAACAAGCCGUAGCGACGCUUCCUCCUCACCAGACCGAAGUCUUCCUCGCCCUGCUGGAGCAGCUGCGCUGGUUUGCCGGUCAGCAGAUACGCAACGUUGCAGCCAUUGGUGGUAACAUCAUGACUGCCAGCCCCAUAUCAGACCUUAAUCCAGUUUUUAUGGUGGCCGGCUGCAAACUCACAUUGAUUGACAAAGAUGGAAGUCGGGUGGUUCGGAUGGACGACAGUUUCUUUGUAGGAUACAGGAGGACUCUGCUGCGACCACAAGAAGUCUUGCUCUCCAUUGAAGUCCCCUACAGCACCAAGCACCAGUUUGUCUCCGCCUUCAAACAAUCGCCUCGCCGGGAGGACGACAUCAGCAUCGUGACGGCGGCCAUGAGCGUGACCUUCACAGCUGGCACCAGCGUGGUGGAGGACUUGAAGCUGAGCUACGGCGGCAUGGCGGCGACCACGCUGCUGGCUACCAAGACAGCCGGCCAGCUCCUCGGAAGGUGCUGGGGGGAGGAGUUGUUGGAGCACGCCACCUCCUUAUUGGCAGAGGAGCUGACCCUGCACCCCUCUGUGCCAGGGGGGAUGGUCACGUAUCGGCAAACUCUGACCCUCAGCCUCUUCUACAAGUUCUACCUGAUCGUGCUGCGCAAACUGCGAGGGCAGGGUUUGAACGUGGAGACACUCCGACCUGACUUCCUUAGUGCCACAGAGUUUUACCACGCAGAGACGCCAUCCAGCGUCCAGAUCUACCAGGAGGUCCCAAAAGGUCAGAGGCAAGAUGACGUGGUGGGCCGCAGCGUGGUGCACCUGUCGGCCUUGAAGCAGGCCACGGGCGAGGCGGUGUACUGUGACGACAUGCCGCUCUUUGAGAAGGAGCUGUACCUGGCGCUCGUCACCAGCAGCAAGGCACACGCUCGCAUCCUCUCCAUCGACUUGUCAGCCGCUGAACAAUCUCCUGGUUUUGUCGGCUGUGUCUUUGCGGGGGACAUUCCUGGCAGCAACACCUGCGGGACAGUCGUGCAGGAUGAGACCGUCUUUGCUGACCGCCAGGUUACAUGUGUGGGUCACAUCAUCGGCGCUGUGGUGGCCGACACUCAGCUUCAUGCCCAGCGAGCCGCCAAAGCCGUCAAGAUCCACUACGAGGAGCUGCAGCCUAUCAUCACCAUGCAGGAAGCGAUUGCCGCCCAAUCCUUCUAUCAGCCAAUCAGAACUAUCCAGAAGGGGGACCUGCAGGCUGGGUUCCAACAGGCAGACCAGGUUCUGGAAGGUGAGAUGCACAUCGGUGGGCAAGAACAUUUCUACCUGGAGACCCACGCCACAGUGGCUGUCCCCCGGGGGGAAGAUGAGGAAAUGGAGAUCUUUGUCUCCACUCAGGCUCCCUCUCACACACAGUUCCUGGUGGCGAAAGCUUUGGGCAUCCCUGCCAACAGGGUGGCAGUGCGUGUGAAAAGGAUGGGUGGAGGCUUCGGGGGCAAAGAGAGUCGCUCCACCAUACUUUCUACGGUGGUGGCCGUGGCAGCACACAAGAUGCAGCGGCCUGUCAGGUGCAUGUUGGACAGAGAUGAAGACAUGCUGAUCACUGGAGGAAGACAUCCCUUCUAUGGAAAGUACAAGGUGGGCUUCCUCAACAGCGGGAAGAUAGUAGCUCUGGAUGUGUCCUACUACAGUAACGCUGGCAACACCCUUGAUCUCUCUCUCUCAAUCAUGGAGCGCGCUCUGUUCCACAUGGAGAACUCCUACAGCAUUCCCAAUGUCCGUGGUCGUGGCUUCUUGUGCCGGACCAACUUACCCUCGAACACUGCCUUCAGAGGAUUCGGAGGUCCCCAAGGCAUGUUGGUCACUGAGAGCUGGAUAACCGAUGUGGCUCAGAGGCUUGGCGUGCCGACUGACAAGGUUCGCAGAUUGAACCUGUACAGAGAAGGUGACUCCACCCCUUACAACCAGGUCCUGGAACAGAUCACAUUGGACCGCUGCUGGGACGAGUGCCUUUCCCGUUCAGGAUUUCAGGAGCGGCGAGCUGCUGUCGAGCUCUACAACAAACAGAAUCGAUGGACCAAACGAGGCCUUGCCAUCGUACCAACCAAGUUUGGCAUCAGCUUUACCGCUCAAUUCCUUAACCAGGCCGGAGCACUGGUCCACAUUUACACAGAUGGCUCGGUGCUGCUGACCCAUGGUGGGACAGAAAUGGGACAAGGACUCCACACAAAAAUGGUCCAGGUUGCCAGCCGGGUUCUCGGCGUUCCCCACUCCAAGAUCCACAUAUCAGAGACCAGCACUAGUACUGUCCCUAACACAAGUCCCACUGCAGCCUCAGCGUCCUCGGACCUUAACGGAGCUGCUGUGAAAAAUGCCUGCCAGAUCCUUAAAGAGCGUCUAGACCCCUACAAAAGCCAAAAUCCUAAAGGAUCAUGGGAAGACUGGGUAAAAGCGGCGUACUUUGACCGAGUUAGCCUGAGUGCUAACGGCUUUUACAAGACUCCAGAUAUAGGAUACAACUUUGAGACCAAUUCUGGCCGAGCCUUCAACUACUUCAGCUACGGUGUGGCCUGUUCUGAAGUGGAGGUUGAUUGUUUGACCGGAGCUCACAAGAACCUGAGCUCGACCAUUGUGAUGGACGUUGGUGUUAGCCUCAACCCAGCCAUCGACAUCGGUCAGGUUGAGGGGGCUUUCAUGCAGGGUGUGGGACUCUUCACCCUGGAGGAGCUUCACUAUUCUCCAGACGGUGUCCUACUCACUCGGGGUCCAGGUUCUUACAAGAUCCCGGCCUUUGGUGACAUUCCAACCCAUCUGAGUGUGUCGCUGCUUCGAGACGCCCCCAACGACAAGGCCAUCUUUGCCUCCAAGGCUGUGGGCGAACCGCCUUUGUUCCUUGCAGCUUCCGUUUUCUUCGCCAUCAAAGACGCCAUCAGUGCAGCCCGGGCUGAAUCGGGCAUCAGUGGCCCGUUCAGGCUGGACAGUCCGGCCUCUGUGGAGCGGAUUCGAAACGCCUGCAGCGACCGCUUCACCCAGCUGACUCCUUCAGCAAAGCCUGGAACCUUCCGCCCCUGGUCUGUCCAAGUCUAGUUCCGGCCUCCAAGAAGCACACAUCACCAGAGGGAGGAACAAGAAUAUUGAGUUGGAGUUUGAGUUUAUUUGGAACAUGCAAGCAUACAACAUGAUGCAUCACACAUGCAUACAACAUGAUGCAUCACACAUGCAAACAUACAACAUGAUGCAUCACACAUGCAUGCAUACAACAUGAUACAUCACACAUGCAUGCAUACAACAUGAUACAUCACACAUGCAUGCAUACAACAUGAUGCAUCACACAUGCAUGGAUACAACAUGAUGCAUCACACAUGCAAACAUACAACAUGAUACAUCACACAUGCAAACAUACAACAUGAUGCAUCACACAUGCAUGCAUACAACAUGAUACAUCACACAUGCAUGCAUACAACAUGAUACAUAACACAUGCAUGCAUACAACAUGAUACAUCACACGUGCAUGCAUACAACAUGAUACAUCACACAUGCAUGCAUACAACAUGAUACAUCACACAUGCAAACAUACAACAUGAUACAUCACACAUGCAAACAUACAACAUGAUACAUCACACAUGCAUGCAUACAACAUGAUACAUCACACAUGCAAACAUACAACAUGAUACAUCACACAUGCAAACAUACAACAUGAUACAUCACACAUGCAUGCAUACAACAUGAUACAUCACACAUGCAUGCAUACAACAUGAUACAUCACACAUGCAAACAUACAACAUGAUACAUCACACAUGCAUGCAUACAACAUGAUACAUCACACAUGCAUGCAUACAACAUGAUACAUCACACAUGCAAACAUACAACAUGAUACAUCACACAUGCAAACAUACAACAUGAUACAUCACACAUGCAUGCAUACAACAUGAUACAUCACACAUGCAUGCAUACAACAUGAUACAUCACACAUGCAAACAUACAACAUGAUACAUCACACAUGCAUGCAUACAACAUGAUACAUCACACAUGCAAACAUACAACAUGAUGCAUCACACAUGCAUGCAUACAACAUGAUACAUCACACAUGCAAACAUACAACAUGAUACAUCACACAUGCAUGCAUACAACAUGAUACAUCACACAUGCAAACAUACAACAUGAUGCAUCACACAUGCAUGCAUACAACAUGAUACAUCACACAUGCAUGCAUACAACAUGAUGCAUCACACAUGCAAACAUACAACAUGAUACAUCACACAUGCAUGCAUACAACAUGAUACAUCACACAUGCAUGCAUACAACAUGAUACAUCACACAUGCAUGCAUACAACAUGAUACAUCACACAUGCAUGCAUACAACAUGAUACAUCACACAUGCAUGCAUACAACAUGAUACAUCACACUUGCAUGCAUACAACAUGAUACAUCACACAUGCAUGCAUACAACAUGAUACAUCACACAUGCAUGCAUACAUGAUACAUCACACAUGCAUGCAUACAACAUGAUGCAUCACACAUGCAUGCAUACAACAUGAUGCAUCACACAUGCAUGCAUACAACAUGAUGCAUCACACAUGCAAGCAUACAACAUGAUGCAUCACACAUGCAUGCAUACAACAUGAUGCAUCACACAUACAACAUGAUACAUCACAAUUUCCAGUUUGUCUUUUCAACAUGUUGUAAAAGGAGUAGGAAGAAGCAGAGCUCAUUUAAUCUUACCCCUUUUCUUUUACAGAACAGUUGCUACAACUUUUGUUCACUUCCUUUUGAAUGAUUGAAUGAUCUUUAUUGUCUUUGAGCAUUCACAGGUUCAGCUCCAAGGAAAUGUAGGUUCCUUCCCUGAGGUGCUUUGCAUUUAAAAAAAGAAGAAACCACACAAUAUGCAAUAUAUUUUAUUUUAUAUAUUACAUUUUUUCAAUUUAUUGACAAUAUACACCAUAAGUAAUCACAAUCCAAAUAAAUAAAUAAUACUCGGUGAAGUAAGUUACAUUUCAUGUGAUGAGAUGAGUAAGAUUAUUUUGAAAAUGAUUGGAUGGAUGGAUGAAAUUCAGAAUGUUUAUUAUCAUGGUUCUUCUUCUUUCUACUUAGUAAACACUUUAAGUUUGAAGAGUUUCUUGAAGUGGAUCAUAUUAGUACAUUGUUUGAUUGCUUUGCUUCAUCCAUUCCAUCAUUUAAUUCCACAUACAGAUAUACUGAAGGUCUUAAGUGUUGUACGUGCCUACAAAUGUUUUAUAUUACAUUUUUCUCUCAGAUUAUAUUUCUCCUCUGUUUCUGAGAAGAAUUGUUGCAUAUUCUUGGGUAGCAGGUUAUACUUUGCUUUGUGUAUCAUUUUAGCUCUUUGCAAAUUCACUAUAUUGUGGAAUUUCAGUAUUUUUGAUUGAAUAAAUAAAGGGUUUGUAUGUUCUCUAUAUCCAACAUGAUGUAUUAUUCUAACUGAUCUUUUUUGUAACACUGUUAGAGAAUGAAGUUUACUUUUGUUAUUAUUUCCCAUAUUUCUACACAAUAAUCAGAUAUGUACCACUAGCAAACAGUAGAGAAUAUAAAGGGAUUUUUGGUCUAGAACAUAUUUAGCUUUAUUCAUUAUUGACGUGUUUCUUGCUACUUUAUGUUGUAUAUUUUUUACAUGAGAUUUCCAGUUCAAUUUAUCAUCAAUCAUUAUACCUAGAAAUUUGGUUUCAUUUACUCUUUCAAUUUGUAUUUGUGUUUUACUUUCCCUUCUACUGUUACCAAAUAGUUUUAUUUUACUUUUAUUGGGAUUCAACAAUAGUCUGUUUCUGUCAAACCAUUUUCUUCAUUCGUUCAUUUCUUCUGUUAUUAUUUGUAUUAUCUUCUGUGUGUUUUCUCCUGAACAAAAGGCUGUUGUGUCAUCCGCAAAUAAUACUAACUUCAAAUCUCUUGUAACUUUACAAAUGUCAUUUAUAUGGAGAUUGAAUAGUUUAGGUCCUAGUAUUGAUCCCUGAGGUACACCACAGGAUAUAUUUAGCGUUGUAGAAGUGUGUUCGCCUCGCUUCACGUAUUGUUUCCUGUUGGUUAGAUAACUUCUUAUCCAGUUUAAGACUAACCCUCUGAUGCCAUAUCGUUGUAGUUGUUUGAUUAAAAUAUUGUCAUUAAUUAUGUCAAAUGCUUUAGUUAGAUCCACAAACACAUUUUUUACUAUCUAUUGCAGUGGUCACUUCUUCUGUGAUUUCAAUUAAAGCCAUUGAAGUUGAAACAUUA